AUGCCGGGAAUGCGUCUACCAGAUCAAGAACACAAGAAAUCUUACAAAUUGGAAUUGUAUGAUAUGAUAAUCGACGGAAUGAAAAGACCACACUUUCACUAUACGCUCACCGAAAACGGGAUUUCGAUACGAAUGGAGGGAAUGGAGCUUUGGGGUCACGGAACCUAUCGAAUCUCCAAGAAGAUGAUAGCUAAGAACUGCAACGCCGGUGUCGGAGAUGUGGAACUUGAUUUUCACGGCCGAGCCGCAUGGAUUAUCAACCUUUUCACCGGAUAUCUAAACGACAAGGCAAGACGGGAAAUCAACAAAAAAGCCUGUCAAUACUUGCAAGACGCUAUCGUUGAUGCGAACACGAAAAUUCUCUCGACUCCACUACACUUUGAUUUGAAAGAUGAUCUCUCGUUGGAUUAUCGCUUUUUGCAUAUGGUGCACAAUGCACAAUACACCGAGACAUGGCUGGCGGGAAGUGUGACAAUGGGCAAAUUCCAUUGUUCCAUCCAUGCGACACCCAUGGAUGCAGGGCCAAAUCCAGGAGAUUUCAUGACAACGGUGCUGAUCUCCGAGCAGCUGGCCUCUUGUGUGCUCGAUUCCGCCCACACAGCCGGCCUCAUACAAGUCACCUUCACCAAGCAUUCACGUGAUAUCGAAAAAUCAUUAAAGACAAGUUGUAGUGAAGAAGCUUUGACCGAGCUUUGUAUGGGCACCUUAUUCCCGGAACUCGCGAUCAAAUAUCCAAACCAACACGUUGACGCCGUCUGUUAUGCAAAUCAGACUCCAAAGUUAUCAUUAAGCAAGACAGCUUCUUUGGAUCUCUCGCUAAGUCUUGACCUCUUCCUCCAUCCAAAAGCGGACAAUCCAAAUCGAUUAGCGACAUUGGAAAUCAACUCCACAUCGCAUGUGUUUGUUCGAACCGAGGAUACAAUGCUGAAAGUUCGAGUGAAAAACACAAAAGUGCAGCUAAAGGAAACCUUCUCCGAAAUUGGACGCUUGAGUUUCCUCGGCAGCUAUUUGAUCGCUAGUUUUGAGCAACUUCUGUUAAAUGUAUUUCUACAGAAGCCUAUCCCCGUUCCGGUAUUUCGAGAAGCUGCCAUGGCAAUAGCUGGAAACCCACAGCAUACGAUCGAAAAUGGUUUUGUUCGCGUUGAUGCCAAUUUUGUGCAUCAU